AUGAACCGACGUGUAGGAAGAGCUAGGAGGUCAGAGAACCGUCGGCAGAGUCCUGCAGGCACUCGUGGUUCAACAAGCGGCUUCGUUAGCAGUGACGCAGAGAGCCUUUCCGGGUCUGACAAUGAAGACAGCGGUGUACGGAUAGCCAGAAGCAGUAGCGGAGAUGACGAUGAGGACGAGGUGCUUCGUCUAGCCUUUGCGGAGAGUCUAAGGCUAGACAACGAGCGUCGACAGCGGCAAGAGGAAGCCGAUAGGGAAGCCAGAAACAGAGAAGAGGAGAUCCGCCUGCAGUCCCUCCGGGAUGCAGAAGAGGCAUCCAGGAGAGAGCAAGAGGCGACACGGGAGGAAGAAGAGGCACUCCGGGCAGCGGUAGAAGCAAGCCAGGCGGAAGAGAGGGUGAGAGUAAGGAGAGAAAGGGAGGAGAGAAGGGAUAUCAGGCGAGCGGAAAGCAGAUUUGGGUCCAGCCAACGACAGGAUCUUGGAACUCUGGGUCUCAUCUUCGGUUCCACUGCGAAUGAUAGGGCUGAACAGCUCCGUGCCAUGGAGACCUUCGAAGCCGAAGUCCGGGUUGCUCAGGUUCUGGCUGCUCGAUCUCGCGCGGCUGACGCUCGUGCUGAAGUGGAAGCUGAUAACCGGCUUGUCCUUGGCUCUCGUCGAGUGAGAGACGCUGUGAGGACGGCGGUUCGAAGAUCCCGCUCUUUCGGCUUCAGCAAUUCUUCCCCUGACCAAAGAGGUGAAACAUCCAGCCAGCCUGCCACCGAUCCUGCACGACACCCAGUAGCAACACCACCACCACCAUCGGCCCGGAUGCAUCGCCUGGCACGCACAAGUGCAAGCACUCAAGUCUUGGACCCAGCAUCGUACUUGUUAGAAGAAAUCAUAAGCAGAUCUCGCAACGAGGCCUAUUCCGAGGGGCCUUUUACCGAGGAAGGCCAGGAAUUCAACUAUGAUGAGCUGCAGAGAGCCAUCAACGAGUCCGCUGAACAGCACCGAGACGAGGAGGAAGAAGCCGUUCAGCGUAACAGAGGGAUUCCAACGUACGAGGAAGCCUGUUCAUCACGGCGAUACCGUCCUAGACCGGGUAUGAGAUAUUCAUUCCAAGGCCCGGAAGUCAUUGAGAUUGAAAACGAGGGCAAGCCGUCGACAAAGCUGAAGAUUGUAGGAGACAUGGACCUAGGAGAGGCAAUGGAGGUUGCGAAUCAGAAGAACAAGAAGAGAGACCAGACACAGUUGAAUUAA